AUGCCCAUAAAAAGAUCAAGGCAAAACGAUAGAGAAAUUUCUGAGAGUCCGUCUACCACCAAAUCCUUGCAAGUGCCCUUGGAAACGUCGUUCUUUGCGACGGUCUCGAGUUUGGUGCCUUGGAUCGUUGUGGGAAUCGAAAAAUUAAUUGAGAAUCUGGACAUCACUACUUGUUUGGCAAUUUUCGGAGUGGUUUUUGUUGGAGCGUUGUAUUCAAUUCAUGUGAUUGCUCUUUGCUAUGGAACCUUUCAUCUCCAUAAGGUCAAUGAACCGGACACUUUUCUUCCUGGAGUCUCGAUUAUCAAGCCAAUAAUGGGAACCGAUGAAAAUCUGGAAACAAACUUGGCUUCCUUCUUCACUGCACAGUACCACCAGUUUGAACUGCUCUUCUGCUUCCAUUCCCCUGAGGACGUUGCUGUCCCCGUCGUGAAGGCCCUUAUCAAGAGAUAUCCCGACGUAGACGCCACUAUCUGUUUCCAAGAACACGAGAUUGGGUUCAAUCCCAAAAACAAUAACAUGAAUCCGGGAUAUACGACUUCGAAGUACCCACUGGUCAUGAUCAGUGACAGUACUAUCUUCACGCGGCCCGAUGGUAUUCUUGAUUUGGCCAAGAGAAUUAUGAGCCAGGAAAAACUAGGGUUAAUAACACAAAUUCCAUUUUGCAUGGAUCGCGUUGGAUUGGCCAAUUGUUUUGAGCAGGUUUUCUUUGGAACAGCUCAUGCCAAGAUGUAUCUUGCUGGAAACUUCCUUGGAUUCAAUUGCCCAACUGGAAUGUCGUCGAUAUUCAAAAAAGCGGCUCUAGAAGAAUGUGGAGGAAUGGCAGCAUUCAAAGAUUAUAUGGCAGAAGACUACUUUCUUGGCAAACUUAUGGCUGCACGUGGAUACAAAUCUGGAAUCUCGAAUCAACCAGCGCUUCAAAAUUCAGCGGCUACAACCUUCAAGUCAUUUGCGAAUAGGGUGAGCAGAUGGGCCAAGUUGAGAAUCGCCAUGAUGCCUCAAGUUAUUUUUGUCGAGCCUCUUCAGGAUUGCUUCCCAGCUGGCAUCAUCUUCGCACUCAGUGUUUAUCAUCUUUUCAACAUCAACAUUCCAAUGACUAUUUUCUUGAAUUUUCUGUUCUGGAUUUUCAUGGAUUAUAUGAUAAUGAGAGUCAUGCAGAAUGGUCCGCUUACAGUGUCUCUCGUUCAAUUUAUUGGUUUUUGGUUGUUUCGAGAACUGUCGUCUCCAGUGAUCUUCAUCAAGGCUUUAAUGGAACCUUCUGUUCGCUGGAGAAAUAACAUCUUCCAUGUAAAGUGGGGUGGCAAAAUUCGUGAUAGGAGUUCUGUCUGA